AUGGUGGACAGAUUUAGGGGACGCAAAUCAUACCCCACCCAAAAUGUCCUAGCAGUGGUCGACUUCGAUCUUCGGUUCACUUAUGUCCUAGCAGGAUGGGAGGGUUCUGCCCAUGAUUCUCUUGUGCCACAAGAUGCCCUCUCACGGCCAGCUGGUCUAAAAAUACCUGAAGGGAAAUUUUUCUUGGCUGAUGCUGGGUAUGCCACGAGACCAGGGAUAUUACCUCCCUACCGUGGUGUCCGGUACCAUUUGAAUGAGUUCUCUGGAUCCAAUGACCCAACUACCCCAAAAGAAUUAUUCAACCAUCGACACUCAUCACUUAGGACCACAGUUGAGCGAGCAUUCGGGACACUUAAAAGUCGCUUCAAGAUCCUUACUCAUAGGCCCUUCAUCCCUCUAAAAUCUCAGAUAAAGGUGGUUGUUACUUGUUGUGCUUUGCACAACUGGAUAUUGGAAAAUGGUCCAGAUGAGUAUGUUGUGGAUGAGGCGACAUGGUACUCAAACCUCCCAAGGAGUAGUGGACGAGUUCGUGAUCGAGAGGCUGACAUACGUGAGUGGGCUGCCAGGCGUGAUUUAAUAGCUCAACAAAUGUGGGCAGAUAAAGAGAGUGAGACUGACAAUGAGGAUGCUGCCUCACCUCUGUGA